UCGGGUGCCUUACUAUGUUUACAUGUUUCUAUACUAACUAAGAACAACUAUCAGGUUCUCUGUGAUUCGUAGUACAAGCAAAUUGAAAACCAGCUGAUUUGCGAGUCUUUUAGUAUCUCUGUUAUUAUUUUGGCACAGAUUGAUUUCCAAAUACUCAGCAUUUCAACAUUGCAAAACAUUUAGAUACAAUAUGACGUCGGUAGAUUCUGGCGUUGAGACUGGAAACGAUUCAAAUGAUAGUUUAAUUGUACAACAUGAGGCCCUUGGUAGCCAGAUCACUUGUAAUACUUCUACAACCGUUACGAGUAUAAUUAGCAGUCAAAAUCAAGGACAAGAAAACAAACAGAAUACUUCUCGGUUAGUAGUAGAACCAGUUUGGUCAAUGGAUAUGAAUUUACCCAUAUCUUCAUUAUGUUCGAGACAUGGAAAUUAUAAUUUUGUUGAUAUCAGUCAUAAUUCGGGUGCCAGUACAUCGGGAGAACUCGUUGUAUAUCCGCCACAGGGGUUUUAUACUCCUUCAAAUAGAGUUUUUCCUGUAUCAAGAGAAGUAAAAAGCAUAAAAAUUAUUCCAAGAAAGAUGAGAUCACUACAUUACCUCCGUACUGAUCAUUUUGGUUGGAAAGACUUUCGAGAGAAAUUUAUGGAACGUAAAAUGCGACUUGCAGCUUACACAAACAAUAUCGAAUUAAUGAGAAGACUGUUAAUCUCUGGUGUUUCACCAGAUAGUCGUGAUGAACAAGGACGUACACCUCUUCAUUUAGCCUCAUGCAGAGGCUUCGAAGCAAUAGUAAAUUUACUUUUGGAGCAUGGUGCAGAUCCUAAUAAACGUGACAUCGUAGGUAAUACUCCGCUUCAUCUAGCAGCAGUUGCAAGUAAUAUAUCAGUAGUGACAUUGCUUUUAAGGGCGGGAACAAAUGUACACUCAUUGGAUAAGUAUGGUUGCAGUCCGUUACGAAUAGCGCAGAAAAAAUUAAGAAUGAUGCAAGAUUAUAGAAAACCUCUUCAAGACGAUAUGGUUAAAAUUAAAGAAGAAGUACAUAAUAUAAUUAGUAUGCUAAUGGUAUAUGUACAAAAACAAAAAGAUAUGUCUGAACAAGUUGAAACGCUUAGUAGCUUUUGCUCUCGUCUUUCGCUAUCUAAUACAUCUGAUCAAGUACAGGAUGAUGUCAAAGAUUUACUGGCUAAUAUAGAUUCUCUUAACAUUACAAAUUAACUACUUGUAUUAAUAUACUAUGAAUAUUAUCCAUCAUGUUAUACAUAGUAUAUCAAUACAAUAGGAAUACUAAACAUUUUAUAAACAAAGUAAGUUAUGAGAAUUAACAAUAGUUGUAGCUGUGUUAUGUUUAACAUCUUGAAGAACUCAUCAUUUUUUUUCUUUGUCUAUUAUAAUCUUUAUUUUAAUACUUGUAAUUUUAAAGUCCUGGUCUGUCAGUUGCGAAAUUUCAAUUAUAAAUAACUUGUCGCAUUUUUAACAUUCAUAUCAAUUCUACUGCUACAUUGCUAUAAAAAUAAAAAUUGAAGGAUUUAUAAAUGUCAUACUUGUCAUUAAUUUUAACUAAAAAAUGACGCGUUUAUCAUUUUCAGUUAUCUACUUUAUUUUAUUUUUUAUUAAAAAUUAUAUUAAAUUUACUUUAUAUUAUACGUGGUGGUCCACGAAUCGUAAUCAGUGAAGAUUACUCUUUUAUUAGCAAUUCGAUCGAAAAUAUUUAUAUUAUUUAUAGCAUUGUUUCAAGAGAGUUUUAACGUGUAUGUAGCAAAUGUUUUGUAAAUUUUUUUUCAAGUUUUUUUCUAGGUAAUCUUGAAUUUUUUGCCAAUAACAAGAAUAAUUCCUACUGAUCACGAUUCGUGGUCCACCUUGUAUAUUACACUUAUUCCUGCACUUAUGCAGUCAGAUAGGUUUACAUACAGCAGUACAGAUUCUGACAUCGAAUAAAACUUAUUUUGAUUGUUUAAAAUAUCAUUAUUUUUUUUUUUAUUAAUCUAUGCGAUUUAAAUGUUUUUAUAACAAUUACUUGUUUUUCUUACCAUGUUCUUUUUUUAUAGAAGUAAAUUAUUUACGCGAUUUUUGUUCACAUAAAAAAAAUCAACGCGGAACGAUCAAUCAGCAUAAAUGAAGGGAUCGGUGUAUAUUAUAUUCAUUAUGAUAUUGUAAGGUCAUAAUUAUUAAUCUUCUAAUCAAUUUGACAAAACCAGGCACAUAAUAAAGAUAAUGUAUUAUUAAAUUUCUUUUUUUAAAGAAACAUUUGUAAUUGUUUACGGUAAAAGGUAAAUUAUCUCUUAACUAUGCUAUAUAUUGUUUAUAAUAUGUUUUAGAAGAACUUUUACAAAAUAUGCAUAUAAAGAAACAUUUGUUAUAUACAUUAUACUGUUUUUGCUAUUUAAGAUUAGAGCUUAAGAUCGUAAUUUUCACCUUUUCAAAGAUACAUACAUAUUUCAAUAUUUUCUGCGUACAUAUAAGCUUGUAAAUAACCGAAGUAAUAUCUUUUACGUGUGUACAUAUUGAUUGUAUUAACAUAAAACAACUUUACUAAACUACAACUUAUAAUACAAAAAUAUAUAUAUACGGUAAACUCUCGUACAACGCGCUAUAUAAUAAGAUACGUAAAUUUCCAUUAUUUAAAAAUUAAAUUUGUAUUAAUUGAGUAUUAUAUUGUUGUGUCUUUAUCGUUACCGAUUU